CGAAUACCGAUGAUUCUCGACAGUCAACUACACUCGACAUCUCGAAUUAUUACAUUAGUACGUUGAUUAUAGUAAGUUGUAGUCCGUGCUCAGCACCAUUAAUUUAGUACACUUUAACGAUUUUACGUUAUCUAGUAUCUACUAAGUAUCAGUCGAAUAUCCGGUUUUCUUUUUUAUACUUAAAAUCAAAAUAUUUAAAAAUGUAUCGUCUUACACACUCAAUUGGUUUUAAAUUGAACAUUAUGUUCACAUAGCAUUUAGAUUAAUAGUUUAACCGCCAAUCGGUCAUAUAUGGAAAAAUUACUAUUUUUCGUGUAUUCGAUUGGAAUCCUUAUUAGGAUCUAUUUGAGCUUCAGCGAUUUCAGCACUUCCAUUGCAGAUCGGGUUGAAGUGUCGACACCAUUGAACUCUUGGAAGAGAGAUGAAUAUAUUUUGUACCUACACUACAGCUAAAAGAAUAAAGCUAGGGUGUGACCAUUUAAAAAAUGUCUAUUCAACGCCGCUAUUAUAAUGAUUAUUUUAUUGAAGGUGUAUCUUUAUACAACGAGAAUAUCAAUCCAUAUGAUGGGGAUUUAUUUCACGAGACUCCAUUGGCUCUUGUAUUUUUCAGUCACUUGACAUCAACUUUUUCAGAUUUUUAUGUAUCAUUAGUAUUUAUUGUGUGCGAUCUCAUAACUGCUUUUGUGUUGUAUUAUACAUCUAAAAUUUACACUGAAAAUUUGCUUAAACAGCAAACGAAAACAAAACAUGUCUACAAUAAAGAGUUUAAUAAAUUAUUGAUACCAGAUGAUUUUUCAGUCAUAAAUCCGUUUUAUGUAUGUUCAGUUUACAUGCUUAACCCAUACACAGUGUUUAGUUGUAUUGCAAGAACAACAACAGUGUUCAACAAUCUAUUUUUAGCAUUAUGUUUAUAUUCCAUGGUAAAACGGCAUAGACUAUUAGGAUGUCUGAGCUUAGUAUUAGCAUCAUUGCCAACUUUUUACACAUUUGGUCUACUAGCCCCGUUAAUGAUAAGUUGUGCACCGAUUGACUCUAAGAAAAAGACUGGUUCAUUCAUAAUUACAUUUUUAACUUGUGGUACCAUUAGCUGCUCGCUUCUGUACUUAUGCUAUACCAUUAUGAAUGAAUGGACAUUCCUAGAUUCUGUUUAUGGUUUUAUAUUAAAUGUACGUGAUUUAAAACCAAAUAUUGGUUUGUUUUGGUAUUUCUUUACUGAGAUGUUUGAACAUUUCCGUGCACUAUUUGUCUGCGCUUUUCAAUUAAAUGCAUCUGUUCUUUACGUGAUCCCAUUAAGUAUACGUCUCCGCCGUGACCCAUUGUUAUUAGCUACCAGUUUAUUAACAUUAACAGCAGUUUUUAAGUCAUAUCCAAGCAUAGGAGAUGUUGGAUUUUAUCUCAGUCUUCUACCAAUUCAUAGACAUCUAUUCUACUUUAUGCAACAAGCAUUCAUUGUAUCGUGUUUCUUUGUGGGUUGUACUGUUUUUGCCCCUACUGUGUGGCAUUUGUGGAUUUAUUCACGUUCAGCAAAUGCAAAUUUCUAUUUUGGAGUUACUCUUGCUUUUGCCACAACUCAAAUAUUCCUGAUCACUGAUUUAUUGUUUGCAUACAUCAAGCGAGAGUUUGCUCUGAAACAUGGUAUGAAACGUAUGAUCAAUGGAAAAGAAGCGCGUCUAAUGCUUGAUUAAUACAAUUGUAUGCAAAACAAUUUAAUAUGAAGAAUUCUAAAAUCUUGAUAAUAUGACAACUUUGGAAAAAAGCAAAUUGUUAAUGGUAUUUUUUUAUACUAAAGCACAUCAUACCAAAUUUCGUCUAAUAACUUUAAUUUAUAAGUAAAAUGUAUAAUAUAUUUUUACAAAAAAACAAAGUAAAAUUGUACAAAACUUGAA